AUGGAGUCUAGAACGAGUGAGACUGACAGCAGUGAAUCUAGUGAGGACGAGAGUAGUGGCGAAUCAUCAUCUAAGGAAAAGAGAUUUCCAGAGCUCACGGAGCAUCUUGACAAGUUCGCGCAAUGGGCAUUUGGAUCCAAAGGCAUUCAAUCACUUCAAGUGCUUGCCUUUGGCGACUUUUCCUUUAACAGAUGGUAUGAAAGGGGCAAUGUUUUACUUUGCAGAAAAUCCGAUUCGGCCCAAAUGCAGCAGGGCGGUCUUCCUGGCAAGAAUUAUCGACAUCUUACAGAAGGUGAUCAAUCUCUGUGGGACCUGCUACGCAAAGGUUCCUUUCCUAAGAAUAUCUGUCCCUCUAUUGAUGAGUUAACACGCAAUGGCUUCUUACCCGGUUUCGACGGCAAGAUGCAAAGCCAUUUCCCCGAACGCCCCUGA